CCAAACAAAAAAAACUUCAGACAACCACCGAAACACAAGACAGUCGUUUCUCUCUCUCUUCUCUCUUUUCACAAAAUAAAAAUUGUAACUUUUCUUUCUCUGUCUUCUCAAAAAGUUUCCGCUUUUUUCUCGCUGGAGAAGAAGAAGAAGAAGAAGUGAAAAAGGAAUCAUUCAAUAUGGCUGAUCCGGCGAUUAAGUUGUUUGGAAAGACGAUUCCUUUACCUGAGCUUGGUGGUGUUGUUGUUGAUUCUUCUUGUUCUUCUAGCUUUACCGGUGUUUUAUUAACAACCGAGGAUCAAGAUCAGAAUCCUCUCCGGUUAUCAGAUUCGUGUACCGGUGCUGAUGAAGAUGAUGAUGAUGAAGAUAUGGGUGGAGGGGGAGAGAGCGAGAGUGAUAAAAAGGAAGAAAAAGAUAAUGAGUGUAAGGAAGGGUCAUUGAAGCAGGAAUCUAAUGAUGUUACUACGACAUCGGGUAUAACUGACAAAACGGAAACAACAAAGGCUGCGAAGAAGACGAAUGAAGAGUCGUCGGGUGGUACUGCUUGCUCUCAAGAGGCCAAGUUAAAGAAACCUGAUAAGAUUCUGCCGUGUCCGCGGUGUAACAGUAUGGAAACCAAGUUCUGUUACUACAAUAACUACAAUGUUAACCAACCUCGCCAUUUCUGCAAGAAAUGCCAGAGAUAUUGGACUGCUGGUGGAACGAUGAGGAAUGUUCCCGUUGGUGCGGGGAGACGCAAGAACAAGAGUCCGGCUUCUCAUUAUAACCGUCAUGUGAGCAUAACAUCUGGGGAAGGUAUGCAGAAGGCGGUGAGAAGUGAUCUUCAACAUCCUAAUGGUGCGAACCUCCUCACUUUUGGCUCUGAUUCAGUUCUCUGUGAAUCUAUGGCUUCUGGAUUGAAUCUUGCUGAGAAGUCAAUGCUGAAAACACAAACUGUAUUACAAGAACCGAAUGAAGGUUUGAAGAUUACUGUUCCUUUAAACCCGUCGAAUGAAGAGGCUGGAACAGUCAUCAGCCCAUUGCCAAAAGUUCCAUGCUUUCCUGGACCACCAACUUGGCCUUAUGCGUGGAACGGGGUUUCAUGGACUGUUCUACCGUUCUACCCUCCACCUGCUUACUGGAGCUGCCCGGGAGUUUCACCAGGGGCAUGGAACAACUUCACCUGGAUGCCGCAACCCAAUUCACCAUCUAGUUCCGGUCCAAAUUCUCCAACACUAGGUAAACAUUCACGUGACGAGAGUGCAGCUGAACCAGGAACCGCUUUUGAAGAAACCGAGUCACUUGGUAGAGAGAAAAGCAAACCCGAGAGAUGCUUGUGGGUUCCCAAGACACUGAGAGUCGACGAUCCAGAGGAAGCUGCUAAGAGUUCAAUAUGGGAAACACUAGGGAUCAAGAAAGAUGAAAACGCAGACACUUUCGGAGCUUUCAGAUCAUCAACCAAAGAAAAAAGCAGUCUUCCGGGAAGAAGACCGGAGUUGCAGGCGAAUCCUGCUGCUCUUUCUAGGUCAACAAACUUCCAUGAGACCUCAUAAAGAAGAGAAAACAAAACCUAUGAAAGCUGAUUUGAUUGUUUUGGGGUUCAAUCUUGUGUUCCAAGAAAACAGGUGAGUCCAUUUGUACAUAUAGCUCUAUAUAUAAAUAUAUAUACACAGUGUAUGUGUAUAUAUAUAGUGGUUGACAUAGCUGAGGGAGAAGUAGUGUUCCCUUUUUUGGGUUGCAGAGUGAAAAAAGUUUGUUGUAUCAUAUAUGGAAAACCCCAAAAUCUGUAGUUAAAUAAAUCUUGCAAGAAAUUUACUUAUUUUCCGAUUC